AUGGAGUCGUCGCAGCAGCUCUGGACGCUAGCCGUCGUGGCCACGGGCGCCGCCUUUGCGCCGGCCGACGACACCGUCGCCCUCGCGCUCGCCGGUCUCGCAGUGCCCAUCCCGAUCGUCCUCACCCAAGCCGCCACGCGCAUUUGGGUGCGUCGCUCCGCCGCCGUGGCGCUUCUCGGAUGCAUGCUCUCGGCGCUGUCGUGCAUCGCGCUCCCAUACAUCCUUGCCAGUAUCGUCAACGAGCAGCAGCGCGCUGUCCUCGACGACUACUGCCCAGUCGUUGCCAUCGCUGCCCCAGCGCUUGUCGUUCUUGCAGUCCUCAGCGACCGCGUCGCAGCUCGUCGCCGCCAGGCAUGGCUGGCAGUCAUCACCGCCGCCGUGAACACCGGCAUCUACUACUAUUUAUUUGCGACCAGAGGCGCCCGUGCGUCGGCGUGGCCGAUCGUUGCUACGACAUAUGCCCACGCGCUAUGCCUCGGUGCGCUCUCGUGGUCGCUUGAGAGCCGGCCGACCGCCGACGACGAAGGUACCAAGAACAGGCCGACGCAAGCUUUUGCAGCAAUCGCGCCGUGGCUUUUGGCCGUCGUCUUGGCGUCGUCCCCCGCACCCGCACUUGCUACGUCGUUCUUGGCGUACGUGGGGCUUGGUCUUGAGUUUGGUGCCGGCGUUGCUCGAAGCUACGGCUGCCAUCGCGUUGGCAUCGUUGUCGUCGCCAGUGCUCUCGUAGCGCUCACCGUCGUCUAUGGAGUCCCGUGGACGACCGCGGUCAACGCGAUCGACAGGAUGGUGGUGUUGGCUUUUGCGCUGGCUUCGUUGGCCACCGUCGUCGGACCACCGGUAUCGCCGGCGUCGACGGUCGGCGGUGCCGUCGUCUUUCUUGUUGGCGUCGCCGUCGUUGCACGCCUCGCUCCUGACAGCGCCCUCGCAGUCUGGGUGCUGCAGGCGCUCGUACAAGGCGCCAAGUGCGCUCUGGGUUGCAUCCGCCGGCAAGCGCCAACAUACACCCAACAAGAAACCGUGCACUUGCUUUCUGGACGGCCUGCGAUCGACCACGGCGCGACGACGGCAUCGACAAAGGGCAACGACGGAGGGAAGGAUAAGGCGCCAACUCAAGCAACGUCGGAUGCCAGCCAGCACGGUUGGAAGAAUAUGCGGGCGCAGUGGUGCCCGUGCUGCCACUCUCGGCGCCCGCAGUCGUACAAGCAGCAGCAAGUCGUUCUUAGUACUGACGAGGACGGCCUCGCGAUGUACGAGCGUCACCGCGUGUCGCCGACGCUUCAUGACGCUCAAGAACGUGCUGGCCUUGUCCUUGGUGCCCAGUCGACGCGGCUGCUUGAAGCCGGCAACGCCUCGCAGCCAAGCACCGCACGACCUGCGGUAGACAACCUUGACCAGGACCGGCUGAGUGUCUGUCACUCGACGCAUCACGACGGCUGGCGCGCCACCUCGCCGACGGCCGACUCGGUGCAAGACCGCGCAAGUGGGCAUGCAGACGCGUCGUUGCUGCUUCGCCAAGAGAGGUUGCGCAUGACAAUCGACAAGCCACCAAAUCCCGUGGAGUUUUCACCAGCGACGGUCGUCAACUACGGGUGUAUCCUUGUCCGCAGCUGCCUCUGCCCCGCGCUCGACGCUCCGCACAGUUUCAGUGCCCGAAGCAUCGGCGUCGUGCUCGCUUUGCUGUGGCGACUGGGCGAGCUUGUGUAG